AUGCCUCGCAUAUCCUUUCUGGCGGCAUCUUUUUUUGCUGCAACAGCCGUUGCACAAGUUCCCGGCCCCCUUACGCCUGAAGUCCAUCCCCCAAUCACAUCCUACAAAUGUACGACUGCUGGAGGAUGCAAAGCCGUCCAGUCCUCCGUCGUCCUCGACUCCAACUACCGCUGGCUGCACAACGUCGACGGCUACACCAAUUGCGUCACUACGGGCUUCAACAAGGAGUUCUGCCCCGAUGUUGAGACUUGCGCUAAGACAUGUGCGCUCGAGGGAGUCGAUUACGCCUCCUAUGGCAUUCGCACCAGCGGCGAUGCACUGACGCUCAACAUCUACAAGACGGAUCCAGUGACAAACGUUACCAGCUUGUCCAGCCCGCGUGUCUAUCUGCUUGCAGACGACAACACGUACGAGCACUUCAAGCUGCUGAACCAGGAAUUCAGCUUUGACGUCGAUGUCUCGCAAGUGCCGUGCGGCAUCAACGGAGCGCUGUAUUUCUCCGAGAUGAACGACAAGGGCGACGCAAACGAGCUCAAUACCGCGGGAGCGAAAUACGGAACCGGUUACUGCGAUGCUCAGUGCCCGAAACAAAAUUUCAUCAAGGGAGUGGCCAACCUCAACAACACAUACGGUGCCUGCUGUCAAGAAAUGGACAUCUGGGAAGCCAACCGUGCCGCUGCGGCAUUCACACCGCACCCAUGCAACACGACCCAAGUCUUCGCCUGCGAGGGCACCCAGUGCGGCAACGGCGACGAGCGCUACUCUGGCGUCUGCGACAAGGACGGCUGCGACUUCAACGCCUACCGCAACGGCAACAAGGCCUACUAUAGCCCCGGCGCCAACUACACGGUCGACACGUCCAAGAAAUUCACCGUCGUGACGCAGUUCGUCACCACGGACGGCACGUCCGCGGGAGCCCUGAAGGAGAUCCGCCGCCUCUACGUGCAAGACGGGAAAGUCAUUCAGAACUCAAAAGUCUCGGUUCCGGGUCUCGCGGCUGAUGACUCCAUCACCGACGCGUACUGCAGCGCGCAGAAGAAGGUGUUCGGCGGCGUCGAUCACCACGCUCAGCUGGGCGGUCUCAAGACUAUGGGCGAGGCUAUUGGUCGCGGUAUGGUUCUUGCGCUGUCCAUCUGGGAUGAUGCGGGUUCGUAUAUGGGGUGGUUGGAUCAGGACCCGUAUCCUGCGGAUGCGGAUCCGAGUAAGCCUGGUGUGGGGAGGGGACCUUGUCCGACGACGGGCGGGAGGCCGGAGGAGCUCAUCAGGCAGUUCCCGGAUGCGAAGGUGGUGUUUUCGAAUAUUAGGAGUGGGGAUAUUGGGAGCACGUUUGGGGGGAAUGCGACUGUGGUGAGGAGGGCUGUGGAGUUGAGGGUUUAG